CUGAACUGAACUGCUGCUAGUAAAUGUAAACAAACAAGCAUGGAUCUAGCUUUUCAGUUGGCUGAAGAUGGUUUACAAGCAAGAGAAGUACCUGUUGGUUGUAUAAUGUUAUAUAAAGAUCAAGUUAUUGCUUCUUCCAGAAAUACUGUUAAUGAUACCAAAAAUGCUGUGAGGCAUGCAGAAAUUAAUUGUAUUGAUCAGGUGAUUGACUGGUGUAAAGAAAAUAAUGAAGAUAUGUUAAAAGUAUUUCAACAAAUUGAAGUUUUUGUUACUGUUGAGCCUUGUAUAAUGUGUUGUGCAGCUCUUCGUUCUCUAUCUGUAUCACGUGUGACAUAUGGUUGUAACAAUGAUCGAUUUGGUGGAUGUGGUACUGUUUUGAAUGUUCAUAAUCACAAAGGCUUUUUUGAUAAAGAAUUGAAGAUCACUUCAGGAAUUCGGAAAGAUGAAGCUGUUGACCUCUUGAGAAACUUUUAUAGAGGUGAAAAUCCUAAUGCACCAUUUCCAAAGGUGAAAAAGGAUGCAAUUUCUUGAUGCUAGCUUUGAAAAAAAAAAUACAUCUAUGACUGGAAAUAAAUCAUUUCCAUCAUAUUCUGUGAUAUCAUAUAUUUUUUUUUUA